AUGGAGAGGGAGACGUGGGCGUACAUGGUGCUUGAUCAGCAACAACAGCUCCAUGAACCCAAGAUUACUCCUCAAGUCUUGGGUCACUUGACGGAGUGUGGAAGGGUCAUUGGACUUUUGUUUGAGAAGUUGGAUGGACGCUUUGCUUCAAUAUCGGAUCUGCCGAAAUGCACCGAGGCACUCAAGAGACUCCAUCAGAUCGGUCUGACGCAUGGAGAUGUCAAUCGAUAUAACUUCAUCAUGAAUGACCGGGAAGAUCGGAUGCAGAUGGUUGAUUUCGAACAUGCAUCUGCAUUCGAAGAAGUUGCGGCCAAGGAGGAGCUCGACUCUUUGGAACGGGAACUGAGCGAGGAGACUGGAAGAGGUGGACCUGCAAUCUUGACAUGA